CCGGGCCCCGCCGUAGCCUGGUAACCGCGGCUCGGCGGGCGGAGGGCGGCCCCGGCAGCGCCGCGGUCAGGUGGCAGCCCCGGAGAGACGGAGCCCCGAUAAAAGUCCUGCCUCGCCGCCGCCCCGUGAGGGAGUGUGGAGUUGUCGUCGCGGAGCCAUGCUCAGUGUUGGACACGCUCUAUGAGACACCUCAGCUUCAGCAGCCCACAGCUUCCCUGCGCCCAGUGGUGAUCUGGACAGGAGUUUGCUACCAAGUUGACCAGACAGAGGAAGCUCUUUCUGUCCCAGCACCACCAGGCCAGACAAUCCUUCCAUCGGGUCCCUUCCCAUAAUGGAAGCGUGAGUGACAAGAUCCUCCAUGACCUCCAGAAGCCACAACUCCCUCCCGAGAACUCUGAUGGCUCCACGAAUGCUUUCUGAAGGUGCCCUCGGGGGCAUCGCCCAGAUCACCCCCUCGCUGUACCUGAGCCGGGGCAGCGUCGCCUCCAACCGGCACCUGCUCCUGUCCCGGGGCAUCACCUGCAUCAUCAACGCCACCAUCGAGAUCCCCAACUUCAACUGGCCCCAGUUUGAGUACGUGAAAGUGCCUUUGGCUGACAUGCCCAACGCCCCCAUCUCCCUGUACUUCGACAGCGUGGCCGACAAGAUCAACAGCGUGGCGCGGAAGCACGGUGCCACCUUAGUGCACUGCGCCGCCGGCGUCAGCAGGUCGGCCACGCUCUGCAUCGCCUACCUGAUGAAGUACCACAAGGUGACCCUCUUCGAGGCCUACAACUGGGUGAAAUCGCGGCGCCCCGUGAUACGCCCCAACGUGGGCUUCUGGAGGCAACUGAUAGACUACGAGAGGAAGCUCUUUGGGAAGACCACGGUUAAAAUGGUGCAGACACCAUACGGCAUCAUCCCAGACCUCUACGAGAGAGAACGGAGACCCCUGAUGCCUUACUGGGGAAUUUAAUGGGACUGCAGGCAGGAAGCACAAUGGAAGGGACGCGCUGGUCUGAGCAGACCAGGCUGGAGCCGUCCCCUUCUCCUCCUACAGCCAACCUUGGUUCUGUGCCAUACAGCAGAACCUCAACUACUUCUCACCUCACCGACCUGCAAGGCCAACGGUCCCCUUCCAAGCGUUUCUCUCCGCAGGGAUUCCCCCAUCUGCCUUUCUCUGAUUUAGCUGAAUGAAGUCCUCUCAUGAGUCAAUUCCUUUCCUAGAGCCUCCCUUUCCUUCUCAGUCAGUCUUAGUGUCCCAGGCGCGAGGUCUGGGAGGCGCUGGCAGCACCGCUGAGCACCACACGGUGUGGCCUGCCCUGGGUGUCUGCCUGCUCCUCGCUGCUUUGCUUCCGUGCACAACUCUGUAGUGGCUUAGGGAGCGGUGCCAGCACGGAGCGAGCUCCAGCCUCCUGGCACUGGGUUUGCCCACGGGCCAGGCAGGGCAGGAGUGCAGGGGUGUGGUGCUAGUGCUGGUGUUUUCUUUAACAGCUGUAGUGACUCUCAGUAUAUAGUGUGUGAGGUCCUUAGUCAGCUCCUAACCUGUAUUCAAAGUGAAGAGAAAAAACAGACAAAAAAAAAACCCAGAAGUAAACCAAACAAAGCCAAGAGAAGCCAGGCAGUGCCUGUCGGCCACCAGCCCAGGCUGAGUGAUUCAGCUCCAAUAAACGCAAGAUCUUCUCUUUUUAUUUCCCUCAUUCCAUGCCAGGGCAGCAGUUCCAGCGCACACUGACACCUGGUGUCACUGUCCUGCUGUCUGACAAACAGACACCGCAGACUGACUGUCCGUUUAGCACCACCGGUGGUGGCUGUGGGUGGAAAGGAUCCAGAGGUCUUGUCCAAAAAGGUUAUCUUGAGUCAGACGCAGGAGGUGAAGCCUCCCCACGCAGGACAGCCAAGGAACAGGGUGGGGAGCUGUGUGCAUGCUCACUGCUGAGGCUCUGGGGCUGUGCCUGCUGCCACGCAGGCAGGGCACUGGGUGCAGGUGAAAUCUGCUUGGUCCCUUAGCUCUAGGUACGGUCGUGAUCUGCCUUAGCCUAUUUCUGGAUCACUCCAUGAUGUCCCCAAGGUGCUGCUGCAUUCCAGAGCUGUGCCCACAAACCUGCCAUCCGUUCAACCUCCUGCUCCGGGACAGCUCUGCCUUGUGCUGUGUGAUGAGAACUGCUCCAGCCUCAGGCGUGGGAGAAGCCCUUCACUGCUGCCUCCUGGAGGUCCAUCCCCUCUCUGCAGAGGGGCAAGGACUGGUUUGGUUGAAGCCUAACUGAUGCCCACCCCAGGAGAGCAAGGCAAGUCUGUUCCUCAAGGAGACCUUCGUGUCCUCUGUUGCAUCUCUGAAGGAGGAGCAGGCAGGCUGCUGGCUGCUGCGGUAGCAUCUGACUGAAAUCAGAUUCUAUACUUGUGGAAAAAAAUAAAAUCAAUAAAGAUUAAACAAAAA